GAUUUUGCUGGUAUCCUCGUAGACCCAGCUGCUCAGGCCAUUGCACUCUCUCAUUCCAUUUCCUCUGCUUUCCUUUCUCCAUACAAAUGGGUUCAGCAAGAUCCGAGACCCAAAUGACCCCUACCCAAGUCUCGGACGAGGGGGCGAACCUCUUUGCCAUGCAGCUGGUGACCGCCUCCGUUCUCCCUAGGGUCCUCAAGACCACCAUCGAGCUCGACCUCCUCGAGAUCAUGGCCAGGGCCGGGCCAGGUGCCUACCUUACCCCCGCGGAAGUCGCGUCCCAGCUCCCAACCCAGAACCCCGAUGCCCCGGUCAUGCUCGAUCGGAUCUUCCAGCUGCUGGCCAGCUAUUCUGUGCUCACGUGCACCCUUCGUGACCUCCCCGAGGGCAAGGUUGAGCGGCUUUAUGGUUUAGCUCCGGUGUGCAAGUUCCUGAUGAAGAACGAGGAUGGGAUCUCAAUUGCCCCGCUCAACUUGAUGAACCACAGCAAACUUGCCGUGGAAAGCUGGAACUGCUUAAAAGAUGCGAUUCUCGACGGUGGAAUCCCGUUCAACAAGGCACACGGGAUGACUGCAUUUGACUAUCUAGGCACCGACCCGAGAUUGAACAAGACCUUCAACCGGUUAAUGUCUGAUCUUUCCACCAUUACGAUGAAGAAGAUACUAGAAACGUACAACGGCUUUGAGGGCCUCAAGACAGUGGUUGAUGUUGGAGGCGGCACUGGGGUCGUGCUUAACAUGAUCAUAACCAAAUACCCGUCAAUUAAAGGCAUCAACUUCGACUUGCCUCACGUGAUUGAAAAUGCUCCAUCCUAUCAUGGUGUCGACCACGUUGGAGGCGACAUGUUCGUCAGUGUUCCAAAGGGAAAUGCCAUUAUCAUUAAGUGGAUAUGCCAUAAUUGGAGCGAUGAAGAUUGCGCAAAGCUCCUUAAAAACUGCUACGAUGCGCUUCCGGUAAAUGGUAGGGUGAUCGUUGCAGAACACAUACUCCCCGUGUACCCCGACCCAAGCCUAGCAACCAAGGGAGUGAGCCACAUGGACUGCCUCAUGUUGGCCUACUGCCCUGGCGGGAAAGAGAGGACGGAGAAGGAGUUCGAGGCUUUGGCCAAAGGGACGGGGUUUCAGGGCUUCCGAGUCACGUGUCGCGCUUUCAACUCUUACAUCAUGGAAUUCUUGAAGACCGCUUGAACUGUGCUCUUCGAGGUGGUGAUAUUCACGGUUCCUUGGAUUCGAUAGGUCGCAAAUGACCCUUUUCUUACGCAGUUGCCUUUCGAUUUAGUGUCCUAAGUUGUGCUCAUAAAAUGAAAGAAUAAGUAAGUAACUACAUGAUGCUUGGGGAUGAGACAAAGGAAAAGUUAUAGGAUCUGUAAUUUUAUGUUAAUAAUGUUAAAAUAUGUCUCAAGUUUGAACCCAUUGAAUAAUACUCGGUCUAAAUAAAUUAGACUAAUUGACCUUGUGA